AGUACAAAGACCCCGAAAUCCUGCAAAGAGUUCCUGCUGCUUUCUCCACUCUUGCUGCUGUUUAUUUGGUUUUGGUGCUGCUGGCGGUUUGUCUCAUUUCAAACCCCCCCGAGCUGCAGCAGCAGCAGCAGCAGCAGCAGCAGCAGCAGCAGCAGAAGGCGCUCGCGCAGGAGGAGGAGGGGCAGCUGCUGCAGCGCCAGCUGCAGCCGCGGCAGCAGCAGCAGCAGCAGCAGCAGCAGCCACCGCUGGCUGCUGUGCUGCAGUCUCCCCAGUUCCUGCUGCUGUGGGGCAGCUUUUUGCUGCAGGGCAUCAGCAUUAUCUUUGUGGCCAGCUUCUGGAAGCCCCUUGCUGCUGCUGCUGCUGCUGCAGGGCUGCAGCAGCUAAGCGAAACCCAACUUGCUGCUGUUGGUGCUGCAGCAAGUGCAUGCAACGCCCUGGGCAGAAUUCUCUGGGGAAAAUAUGCAGACGCUCAUUCCUUUCAACAGGCUCUAGUGCUGCUCUCGAGCCUUUGGUUUGCUGCUCUGCUGCUGCUGUCUGUUGCAGCAGCAAUUAACGGGGCCCUUUAUGCUGCAGCAGUUUGUCUAAACUUCUUUUGUCUUGGAGGAAACUUUGCACUUUUCCCUGCAGGCACUGCUGCUCUCUUUGGCAGACAAGCCUUCGGGCGCGUGUACGGGUUUGUGUUUUUGGCCCAGCUGGGCUCUUCUUUGGUGGGGGCUUUUGUGUUGCCGCUGCUGACGAGACAGCUGGGAGUUUCGGGCACCUGCCGAGCGGUGUCUCUUUGCUGCCUCUCCGUUGUCGCUUUGCUGCUGUCCCUAAAAGGCUCUCGCGCUUACCAGCUGUUCAAGCCUUAG